UUAUACAGGGCCGCGGUCGCGCCGUCGCGGCCGCACCAGCCACCACAAGCAGCCGUCCUGGGUCACACCCGACCUGUCCCGGCCGACCCCACCGCUGCGAGCUGCGGCGCGCGCAAGCGGGAUUUACAGCCACCCACACCACCAAGGCACCAACGCAUCCAUCCAAACCGCCGCCCGCCGCCGCCCGGCGUCGUCGUCGUCUCCACGCUCCCUCGCCACCGCGCGCCCUCCCGGCCUAGCCCGCCGGGCCCCGCUGCUACCAGAGAGGGCGAUGGCGACGGCGAGCGGCGUCUCCACUCCCCUGCAGCUCCCCUCCACGCGGCGGGUGGGCGGCUGCUGCUCCCGCCCCGGCAGCCCGGCCCCGGGCAAGAACGCGUUCCCGCGGAGAGCAGCCGGUGGUGCCCCGGCAGGUACAUUUUUUUUGAAGAGAGAUUCUGUAUAUAAAGGACAGAGUUGUCAUCAAUUUUUACCAUUGAAACAAAGCGGAAGGUUGCAAGCAGCAGUUCUGCCUGUUACUCCACCUUUGUUAGAUGAUGAAGAAAAACGGAAGCAAAUGUGUGAAGAUUAUGGAUUCAAACAAAUUGGAGAACAGUUGCCAGAUAAUGUUACUCUUAAAGAUGUAAUGGAUAGUCUGCCUAAAGAGGUAUUUGAAAUCGAUGAUCUAAAAUCUUGGACUUCUGUUUUAAUAUCAGUUACUUCUUAUGCUCUUGGUAUUUUCUUGAUAUCAAAAGCUCCCUGGUAUCUUCUUCCCUUAGCCUGGGCAUGGACUGGUACAGCAGUUACGGGGUUCUUUGUCAUAGGUCAUGAUUGUGCCCACAAAUCAUUUUCGAGGAAUAAGCUGGUGGAAGAUAUUGUUGGAACUCUAGCUUUCUUGCCAUUGAUAUACCCCUAUGAACCUUGGAGAUUUAAGCAUGACAGACAUCAUGCCAAGACAAACAUGUUGAUAGAAGAUACUGCAUGGCAACCCGUUUUUUCAAAGGAGUUCAGAACAAAUUCCUUACUGAGGAAAGCAAUGAUAUUUGCUUAUGGUCCUAUCAGGCCAUGGAUGUCUAUUGCUCACUGGUUAAUUUGGCACUUUGAUCUAAAAAAAUUCAGACCAAAUGAGCUCCCAAGGGUGAAAAUAAGCUUAGCAUCUGUGCUAGCGUUCAUGGCAAUUGGAUGGCCACUGAUUAUUCUCAAAUCAGGAAUAGCUGGAUGGUUCAAGUUCUGGUUCAUGCCAUGGAUGGUUUAUCACUUUUGGAUGAGCACCUUUACGAUGGUACAUCACACUGCUCCUCAUAUACCAUUCAAGACAUCAGAAGAGUGGAAUGCUGCACAGGCACAAUUAAACGGCACAGUUCACUGUGACUAUCCUCGGUGGAUAGAGAUACUUUGUCAUGACAUAAAUGUACAUGUUCCACACCAUAUUUCUCCAAGAAUUCCAAGUUAUAACCUUCGUGCUGCCUAUGAUUCCAUAAAACAGAACUGGGGCAAGUACAUCAAUGAAGCCAGCUGGAACUGGCGCUUGAUGAAGACAAUACUGACUAAAUGCCAUGUUUACGACAAGGAUAGAUACUAUGUUCCCUUUGAUGAGGUUGCGCCUGAGGAAUCCCAACCAAUUAAAUUCCUCAAGAAGGUCAUGCCAGAUUAUGCAUGAUGAAAUCAAUACUGUUGGCUGGUGUUUGCAUAGAGAAACAAUCACAAUUACUUAGUGAGUCACAUCCUAAAUUCUAACUAGAACGGCACAUGCCCGAAAUUUUGACUGCAAAUUGCUUUGUUGGAUUGUGUUACACGGCUUCAGAGCGGUUGCCAAAAGUUCAUUUAGAAGAAAGGCUGUCAGAAGUUAUCCUAUAAAUUUAAAAAUAGUGCGCUUCCAAACCAAGCGCCUUUUUCAGUUGUUCGGUACAUCAAAUAUGUAUUGUAUACCUUGGAGGCUUGGAAUAUAAAUAUGGGCACGCUAGUGCUACAGCCAUUUGCUACUGAUGUACCAGCAACCAUUGGUUUGUACCUUGAUUAAUUCAUGACGAUGGUCUAAUUCUGUUGUCCUCUUUUUGCAAA